UAAAAAAGAAAAUUGGAGAGUAAGAAAGAAAUAAGAAUAGCAGAGAGAGAGAGAGAGUAAUCUAAUCCGCCAUAAGUUGAGGUAGUAAUGGCGGUGGCGGCGGCAUUAGCACCCGUGUGUUCUCUCCGGUUGAAAUUGAAGUCGUACUCAGCUCUCCGGUUGCUGUCGUUUUACUCUGCCAUCCCCACCCGACCUCUCUUUUUCCCGCCAAUUCGUCCCCGCCCGCUUCGAUGCUUGUGCUCUGUGGCCUCCGGCGUGGAAGAGUUCAGGAAGAAGCUGAGUGUCGCCGAUAUCAAAGGCGGCCCCGACCAGGGCUUGGAUCGAUUGGGGCAGACUCUCGUUGUCAAAGGCUGGGUUCGGACUCUUCGUCUUCAGAGCACCGUCACUUUCAUUGAGGUUAAUGAUGGUUCGUGUCUCUCAAACAUGCAAUGUGUGUUGGACCCGGACACCGAAGGUUAUGGCCAGGUAGAAUCUGGGUCGGUUGCUACUGGUGCGUCAAUUUGGGUGCAAGGGAUUGUGGUCAGCAGCCAAGGAUCAAAACAAAAAGUGGAGUUGAAGGUCAAGAAAAUUCUGGUGAUCGGGAAAAGUGAUCCUUCAUUUCCCAUUCAAAAGAAGAGGGUAAGCAGAGAAUUUUUGAGAACUAAAGCUCAUCUCCGUCCAAGAACAAACACAUUUGGUGCGGUUGCAAGGGUCAGGAAUGCUUUGGCCUAUGCUACACACAAAUUUUUCCAAGAAAAUGGGUUCGUUUGGGUGUCAAGUCCUAUUAUUACUGCUUCAGACUGUGAAGGAGCAGGUGAACAGUUCUGUGUGACUACUUUGAUGCCAAGCUCCAGAGAUGACGUUGAUUCUCCUGUGGAUGGCAUUCCAAAAACAAAGGAUGGUUUAAUUGACUGGUCACAAGACUUUUUUGGGAAACCGGCAUUCUUGACCGUCUCUGGCCAGCUUAAUGCUGAAACCUAUGCCACUGCUCUUUCUGAUGUGUACACAUUUGGUCCCACAUUCCGCGCUGAAAAUUCAAACACUUCUAGGCACUUGGCUGAAUUUUGGAUGAUUGAACCUGAACUUGCAUUUGCUGAUCUAAAUGAUGACAUGGCUUGUGCGACUGCGUAUCUCCAGUAUGUAGUGAGAUAUGUACUUGAAAAUUGUAAGGAGGACAUGGAGUUUUUCAAUACAUGGAUUGAGAAGGGAAUAAUUGAUCGAUUGAGUAAUGUCGCUGCAAAAGAAUUUGUACAGUUGACUUAUACCGAUGCGAUCGAACUUCUUCAAAGAGCAAAGAAGAAAUUUGAAUUCUCUGUCGAGUGGGGGUGUGAUUUGCAGAGUGAGCAUGAACGCUACAUAACCGAAGAAGCAUUUAGUGGAUGUCCUGUGAUAAUCAGGGACUAUCCUAAGGAGAUUAAAGCAUUCUACAUGCGGCAAAAUGAUGAUGGGAAGACUGUUGCAGCCAUGGAUUUGCUCGUUCCUCGGGUGGGUGAGCUUAUUGGUGGAAGCCAAAGGGAAGAGCGGCUUGAAUAUCUGGAGGAUAGAUUGGAUCAGCUGAAGCUGAAUAAGGACAGCUACUGGUGGUAUCUUGAUUUGCGUCGAUAUGGUUCAGUUCCUCAUGCGGGUUUCGGGUUGGGGUUUGAAAGGCUUGUACAAUUUGCAACUGGAUUAGAGAAUAUAAGAGAUGCAAUCCCCUUCCCUCGGACACCUGGUUCUGCAGAAUUUUAACCAUCACUUGUCCAUCCAACUUUUACAUGGUCCAAGAGAAGCCUCUAUUAUCGGAUCUCAAUUUUCUCUUUUCCCCAUUUAAUUCAAUUCAUCAAGAGUAGAUCAUAAAGUGCUAUUAUUGUGUAUUCUUUUAUAUUAGAUUGUAUUACGUUGAGAAUAAGCAACAUGCCAGUUUAAUGAAAAUUUUC